GCCAUUGGUCACAAAUAUCUCUCUGGAUAAGCUACUGGGAAGAGGAAAAAACACAUCCUCUGAAUUAUUAAAGACUAAGCCCUACUUAUCACACAAUGCACUGCCUGAAAAGUCUGAGGACAGCUAACCCGGGAAUCUUGCAGCUAUUUAAAAAUGCAGGGAUCUCCAGCAGAGGUGGAGCUGACAACAUUGUUUUGUCCCGGACCCAGCAACCUGUGCCUCUCCCCUGCUGGGCUGCAGCAUCACACCACACCCACAGAGCCUUCCACCAGAAGGGCCCUGAUGCGGACCCAGGACACCCCAAAAUUAGGUUCAUGUCCAGUAUGGAGGACCUGCUUUUCUACACCAUAACUGAAGGCAAGGAGACAAUCCCGCUGUCCCAGUUCAUUUCUGCUUUAAGAAAAACAGGUUUGUUAACCUCUGACCCUCGCCUACGUGACUGUGUCCGUCAAAUGCGACAAUCCUCACGUGACUCUGUCGGGCCGGUCAUGAUGGACAAGAAGCUCUUCAGAAGGUGUGCGGGAAACAACAUCAUUCUGCUGACAAAGGCUUUUAGAAAAAAAUUCGUCAUACCAAACUUUGAUGAGUUGACCCAGCAGAUCGACAGGAUGUAUGACAGUGCACAACAGCAGGAGGCAGGACAGGUAGCUGAUUACAUUCCUCAGCUGGCUAAGUUCAGUCCCGAUCUCUGGGGCGUAUCUCUGUGCACAAUCGAUGGACAGAGACACUCUGUGGGUGACACCAAGGUUCCCUUUUGUCUACAGUCGUGUGUGAAGCCUCUGGAGUAUGCCAUCGCCGUGCACGAGUUCGGCACCGAGCAUGUUCACCGCUUUGUGGGCAAAGAGCCAAGUGGAUUCAAGUUCAACAAACUGUCACUAAAUGACGAAAAUAAACCACACAACCCGAUGGUGAACGCCGGAGCUAUCGUCAUCAGUUCUUUACUUAAGCCUCAUUCAAAUAAGGCAGAGAGGUUCGACUAUGUGAUGGACUUCUUGAAAAGCUUGGCUGGUACAGAGUAUGUGGGCUUCAGCAAUGCAACUUUCCAGUCAGAGAGGGAGACCGGUGAUAGGAAUUAUGCAAUUGGUUACUACCUCAAGGAGAAAAGAUGCUUUCCUGAAAAUGCAGACAUGAUGGCUGCACUUGACUUCUACUUUCAGUUGUGCUCUAUUGAGGUGAACUGUGAUUCAGGAAGUGUUAUGGCGGCCACACUGGCCAACGGGGGUAUUUGUCCAAUCACAGGCGAGCGUGUGCUGAGCGCUGAAGCCGUUCGCAACACCCUGAGCCUCAUGCAUUCUUGCGGCAUGUACGACUUCUCCGGACAGUUUGCCUUCCAUGUGGGCUUGCCUGCUAAAUCUGGCAUUUCAGGUGCUGUUCUGCUGGUUGUCCCCAACGUCAUGGGUAUGAUGUGUUGGUCUCCACCUUUGGAUCGGCUGGGAAACAGUGUUCGUGGCAUUCACUUCUGUCAGGAUCUGUUGUCUCAUUUCAACUUCCACAAUUACGACAACCUGAGACACUUCACCAAGAAACACGACCCCCGGAGAAGAUCAGAUGAAGAUCCAAACAAGUCGGUGGUAAACCUGAUGUUUGCAGCCUACAGUGGAGACCUCACGGCUCUCAGGAGGUUUGCCCUUUCAGCUUUGAACAUGGAGCAGAGAGACUACGACUCUCGCACAGCGCUCCACGUUGCUGCUGCAGAAGGUCAUGUGGAAGCAGUUGUCUUCCUAACUGAAGUAUGUAAAGUGAAUCCUCACAUGAAAGACAGAUGGGGGAACACGGCGAUAGAUGACGCCAUGCAGUUUGGCCACGAUGUCGUUGUUUCAGUCCUGCAGGAGUACCAGCGUGGGUACACUGACAGCGACGUCGACGCACCCUGUGACACAGAGGAGCAGAAGAUCACGCCGGAUAUUUUGAAGGGCAUCGUCUAACCUGGUGGUUUCACAUCCAGGGGUCAGGCCUCCUUUUGGGGGCGUCAAAGAUCACAGGGGUGGGCCAUGUUGUCCGUUCUAAGUCCAACUCUAUUUGCACAUGUACAAUCAUAAUAACACACUUACUGGAUCAUUUAUAUGAAAGUGUGUAAUGUAUAUACAAAUAGUUAACGUUUUUGUCCCCUAAAGAAUAGUAGGCUUCGUAGUAGGCCGCAACUUUGUGGAGAGCGCUCUAAACCAUUUUCAUCAGGUGAGCUAGUUAGCAGUUUACCCUUUUUUUUUAUGCGAUCAGAUAAUGACUAUUUUAGAAUUCAUCCAACAUUUCGGAGAAUAAAAGUGCUGAUAAAUCAUUAUAGAAAAUAAAGAAUAAGGCUAUAUCCCAAGAGUGACCUUAUUUUUGCUGGCUGGAAUGAUCUAUAGCGAAAAGCUAGCAAACAGCAGCAACACAAUUAAACACAGAUCAAUAAAACACCAAGAGGCUAGUGAUAAAAGGUUUUAAAAAGUGAAACGAUAAAGUGAAAAGAAAAGCAUUGGCGCUAGAAAUAAGAAACACAUAUGCAAGAGCAGACAGUGAUUCACAAAGGGGGAUGAUGUCAUAAAGUCUAAAAAUAAUAGGGGGGGGGUGUUUGAGAAGGGAAAGGAAUCUGAUGGUCUAAUCUCUAAUCCACAAGGGAUCAUAAGGGUUUAGGUAUGGAAAUUAAUUAAUGUUAUUAUGAGAGGACUGAAUCAUUGAGACGUGAUGAAUGAAUGAGUAUCUUAAACACAGGGACGCGGGAAGGGGGGGUGCCGAGGGGGCUGGCCCCAUCUGUUGGCGGAGAGUUGUAACUGCAACGCCAAAAGGUUCACUAAACAAAUCAAUAAAAAAGUUUUAUUUUGAGUUAGCAUUUUAGUGUAAGCAGUCUAUAAAACAUGGUUAUUUUUCAAAUGGUUGACAUAUAGAAAAUAUCAUUAAUAAGUAGCAGUACUGGUCAAUUCAACCUCCUCAACUGUGAUUUUUCAUGGCCAGCGGUUUUUGUUAUGAUAUUUUCUGUGUACGUACACAAGAUGCCUGACCCAGCUGGCAGCCGGGUAAGCAAGACACUGUUCCGAUUCCACAGCACAACAGAGGCUGAUGUUGUUCUACCAACAAAAGGAGUGGCAUCAUGGAGAGAGUUUUUCGAGGCUCUUGAUCUUGUGCAGAGUGAAAUCAAGCGCCGUUUUGACCAGAGUGGCAUGGAAACUGCCUCACGCAGGGAGGAAACAUUGCUUGCUGCUGCUAAGGGGUCAGUUGGCACAGAGGAAGACCUGAGAUCUCUCCAGCUGCCAGGAAACAUAGAUGUCUCUGGUCUUCACAUGCAAACGAGGAUGCUGGGAGACCUUACGAAGGAUGAGGACUUUUGCACUGUUCACGAACUGGCUGUGUAUAUGUCCAGCCUGCACAUGCAAACAAGAGGACUCAUCAAAUACGUGGAAAAUCUCCUCCAGCUGUGUCUUUCCAUGCCCAUCUCUGUGGCCUCGUCAGAGAGAUCCUUCUCGGCGCUCCGUCGCCUGAAAACCUGGCUGCGUAACAGUUACCCAGAAGAGACUCACUCACCUGGCCUUGCUGCAUAUACAGCAGGAGAUUCUGGACUCACUGGACAUUCAUGUUCUCAUGAGGGAGUUUAUUUCCACCACAUUCGAUGUUCUGUAGUGUGUGUGUGCGCGAAGAGAGAGAGAGAGAGAGAGAGAGAGAGAGAGAGAGAGAGAGAGAGAGAGAGUGUGUGUGUGUGUGUGUGUGUGUGUGUGUGUGUGUGUGAUUCCACUGCCGAAUUCACAAAAAUGUGCAAUUGUGUAAAAUGUGUUAAUAGUCACUGUUAGAAACCUAUGAUUAUUCAUGUAGGCCUAUUCCGUUUUAAUCUGUUUAAUCUCUGUUAACUCUGCUUAUGUUAUUGUUAUGCGCUAUAAAGUUGUUAUUGCUGCGUCUCAAUCAACAAUUAAUCGUCUUCUGAUUAGAAAGAAACAUGCUGCAUUUCGUCUGUGAACUGUCCACAUGUUGGUGUUCAAGUUUGCUGUCUGUUGUAGUGUAAAUGUGCAUUUAAUAUGAUGUUUCAGUGUAAGCGCGCCACAGUUUCGCCACUGCGAGGCUCCACUAUCGCGUUACUGUAAAUAUGCAUCAUCCUGCUGUAAAUAAAAGAAAUGUAAAAGCA